CCCCAUCCAUCUCGCUCACAUCCAUCCCCCUCUGAUUCCUCAUCCCCCUCGCAUCCAUCGCCCGUCAUCAUGAAGACGGCGAUCCUCCUUGCAGCCGCCGGCUCGGCGUCUGCUGCCGUCCACAAGAUGCCGCUCAAGAAGGUCUCGCUUUCGGAGCAGCUGGCACAUGCCAGCAUCGAGUCGCAAAUGGCUGGCCUGAAGCACAAGUACUCUCAGCAGCACAUUGCGGGCCUCAAGCCCCAGUCGCACAUGGCGGCUGCCUUGAAGGCGCCCUACAUUGCCGACGGAACCCACCCAGUGCCCGUCAGCAACUUCCUCAACGCCCAGUACUUCUCUGAAAUCUCCAUCGGAACGCCGCCCCAGUCUUUCAAGGUUGUCCUGGACACGGGCAGCUCCAACCUCUGGGUCCCGUCGUCCGAGUGCAGCUCGAUUGCCUGCUACCUCCACACCAAGUACGACUCGUCGUCGUCUUCUACAUACAAGAAGAACGGCUCCGAGUUUGAGAUCCGCUACGGAUCGGGCUCGCUCAGCGGCUUCGUCUCCAACGACGUGUUCCAGAUUGGCGACCUGAAGGUGAAGAACCAGGACUUCGCCGAGGCCACGUCUGAGCCUGGCCUCGCCUUUGCCUUCGGCAGGUUCGACGGCAUCAUGGGCCUUGGCCAUGACACCAUCAGCGUCAACGGCAUUGUGCCUCCCUUCUACAACAUGCUCGACCAGGGCCUUCUGGACGAGCCUGUCUUUGCCUUCUACCUGGGCGACACCAACGCGAACCAGGAGUCGGAGGCUACCUUUGGUGGCAUCGACGAGAGCCACUACACGGGCAAGCUGACCAAGCUUCCCUUGAGGCGCAAGGCAUACUGGGAGGUCGAUCUCGAUGCCAUCACCUUUGGCAAGGAGACUGCCGAGAUGGACAACACGGGUGUCAUCCUCGACACCGGUACCUCUCUGAUUGCUCUUCCCUCGACCAUUGCCGAGCUCCUCAACAAGGAGAUUGGUGCCAAGAAGGGCUUCAACGGCCAGUACUCUGUCGAGUGCAACAAGCGUGAUGGUCUGCCCGACCUUACUUUCACGCUCACUGGCCACAACUUCACCAUCAGUGCCUACGACUACAUUCUUGAAGUGCAGGGCUCGUGCAUCUCGGCCUUUAUGGGCAUGGACUUCCCCGAGCCUACGGGCCCUCUUGCUAUUCUCGGCGACGCUUUCCUGAGGAAGUGGUACUCUGUGUACGAUAUGGGCAACUCUGCUGUCGGUCUUGCCAAGGCCAAGUAAGACAGCAGCCCUAGAUAGGAUGAACAACAAGACGGACAGGGGCAUGGCGCCAGCAGCUAUGCUGAUGUGUUAGUGCUGGAGUUUGGCUGAAAUUGGACCUGUGCGCUGGUAUCAUGUUUUGAUGUAGUAAUGCGGCCAGUGUGUAUUGGCACUGCAAAUGAGAAAGCUGCAGAAAGCG